AUGGCGGUAAGCACGAAAUGGGAAAACGAGAAGAAGACACGAUGAGACUUUUCUGCUGUUGAACACAGAUGCUAAAUUAUACAACAUUUGAUGUCACACUUAACGUAUUCGUGUCAGUGAUGUGAGGUGACGAGGAUGGUGACAGCAUUCGUGGAUGGCUGGGACUUUGUGCAGGUUCUAGGGGAGGGAGCAUAUGGAGAAGUGAAGCUUGCUGUCAACAAUGAGACCCAGGAAGCUGUUGCUGUGAAGAUCAUCAACCUUGAGAAGACCCCAACAGCAGAGGAGAAUGUGCGGAAGGAGGUCUGUGUUCAUCGGAUGUUGACACAUGAAUCCAUCAUCAAGUUCUACGGCUUCCGGAAGGAUGGCAAGAUCCAGUACCUGUUCCUGGAGUACGCCUGUGGCGGGGAGCUGUUUGACAGAAUAGAACCUGAUGUGGGAAUGGGUCAGGCUGGCCCCCAACGGUACUUCCGUCAGCUGGUGGCAGGGGUGGAGUAUCUCCAUUCCCGCGGCGUAACACACCGAGACCUGAAGCCGGAGAACCUGCUACUUGAUGAUGCUGAUAAACUGAAGAUUUCGGACUUUGGGCUGGCAACGGUGUUCCGCUUCCAGGGCAGUGUGAGGAUGCUGGAGAAGUGCUGUGGCACCGUCCCAUACGUCGCCCCGGAGGUACUGAGUCGCAGACCCUACAGUGCCGAGCCGGCUGAUAUCUGGUCCUGUGCUGUCGUCCUGGUGGCCUUACUAGCAGGAGAGCUGCCGUGGGAUGAACCGACGUACGGAUGUCAGGAGUACUGUAACUGGAAGGACUGUAAGAUCACACUCACACCCUGGAACAAGAUCGACAAUCUGGCCCUGUCGUUGCUACGAAAACUACUUGUGGAGAACGCCAGCAAACGCUACAAGAUGGAGCAAAUAAAGAAGCAUCAAUGGUUCACGAAGACCUUCUAUAAGAGAGGACUGUCUCGAGUGGCAUCGGGCUCCCCAACAGACUCCCCAUCUGGUGCCGGGGUGUACAAGCGACUGUGUUCCCGGAUGGACAUAACCCGGCCCGGAUGUUCCCCAGGGGCUACUGUGUCAUGCAGUCAGCCUAUGGUCUAUCGGGCUGACUCACAAGGGGAGGUAACUGAGGGUGGCAGUGGAGAGGACCAUCUCAUGAGCUUCUCUCAGCCCGUGCAGGCAGACAAGAUGUUACUGAGUAGCCAGAUACAGGGUACGCCGGGAUCGUCACAGACACCCAUGCAGAAACUGGUGAGACGAAUGACGCGCUUCUUUGUGAAGACUCUCCGGGACGAGACGCUGAGUGAGAUGUACAAGGUGUUUGACAGUCUCAGCUACACCUGGAAGAAGAGCAGUCCCAGCAUGCUGACUGUGACAACAAGGGACAAGCGGAACAACCCCCUGGUGUUCAAAGCCUGCAUUAUUGACAUGGGAGAUAACCAACUGGUAGACUUCAGACUCUCCAAGGGGUGCGGUCUGGAGUUCAAGAAACACUUCAUGAAGGUGAAGGACAGAAUGAAGAUGGUGAUCCGCAAGGCUCCCCCCAUGUGGCCGUUACAUCCCACUAGAUGAUGUCCGACUUUGUGUACAAUAGUUUCGUCAACAUGAACUAGAGAUGGUCUUGUCUACACCAGCGUGGUUGUCUCGUCGACACUAGCUAUAGUCUGUUUGCAGUGAAAACGUACUGAUGAAUUUCACUUUAAACAAAAAAGUAAAUCACAUAAAGUGAAAUUAAGAUUGCGAAUCCUCAUAACAUUACCUUGCCAAUUGAACAUUUAAAUCUCAGAAUUUUAUUCAACUUAGGACACAAGGUAUGCACAUUAAAUGAAACCCCGAGAACAAGAAGGGUUGGUUUCUACGGUAGCCUAAGUUAUUGCUCAUCAUGACCGCACGUGCAUCUGCUUCACUAUUCCAACUACUGCACGUACCCCCUUGUAAUACAAACCAAUAAUAGCGAUUUGAAACUAUGAUCGUUUGUUAAAGAACUUUUAUCAUAAGUUAGAUAAAAUUCUGAGAUUUAAAAGUUCAAUUGGCAAGGUAAAAUUAUGAGGAUUCGCAAUCUUAAUUUCACUUUAUGUGAUUUACUUUUUUGUUUAAAGUAAAUUCAUUGGUACGUUUUCACUGCAAACAGACUAUUGAUGGCUACAGAUUCUGCUUCAGCACUUGAUACAUGAACUCCUCAGCAUGGUGUUGAAUAUUGCCUCCACAACAACCAACAAUGUAGACAGCAUCUAGCACACUGGCCACCUGGUGCGGCCCUUACAGAACACGCUAUCACUGAUUAGAGGGGGUGCAAACACUGCAAUAUUACACAACUAGCCAGAAUAUCAGUAAAGACAAGAUAUUUAACUGAAGACAACUUUAUUUCACAUGCCUGUUGUCAGACUGGAUCUUGGAAGGACUGCGGGGAUCAGUUAUCUCCCUUGACAGGCGUACUUGUACAGACAGGUGUGAUGAGGGCCUUUACGUACCCACAAGUUGUGAGUAAUUUAAUAAAUGAACAACAGUUUGGAAUCAUAAUGAAGAUUUCAGAUAUGUCUACAUAAAUGAGAAUUGGUCUUUGCUUUUUUAACACAAGCAGGUUGUGGACUUACAGCUGAACCAAACAUUGAUGAAAAAUGUGGCUUAAGUGUGCGUAUGGAAGCAUAUUUCUCUUUAACAUAAGCUAAUAUAAACUUGCUCAUAUCUUUUUAGUUUCUUUAAGUUGUAACAAUUUUUCAACUUUCUCUGCAGCUUAGAAUUAAGACUUUUCUGUGGAUCAGACAGGAUACAAAUCCUAAGUUGUUAUUUCCCAGAUGACCUGAGAUCGUGUUCCUGGUGCCUCCUGGUCAGUGGUCAUUAUUCUGCAAUAUUGCUUUGUUUUCUUUCCAUGUGAGUUUCCAGACUUUAUUGUGAAGAGUGUCAUUCGCUGAGGAAAUAAGGAAACUGGAUUUCUUUUAUUUAUUCAGUUUGUUGAAAUGCAACAGAAGUUGGAGCACUUUGUACUGUUUGGCUGUCAAUGGAGAUGAAAUACUUGACCUGUUUGAUUUCAUGACUGUGGAACAAACUAUUUAGGACCGAGAAAGUGUCCUGAUGAUUAUUUUGAAUUUGUUUAUGUGGGACAUAAGCAAAUAGAUUAUGAAUUAUUAAGGCUUAUAUGUCACGGUAUGGCAGAAUAGUAUUAGUUGUCAAUAGACUGAAGCUGUGACAGCACAUAUUUACAUUCAGUACAGAGCUGUACUGGGUGCCGUUGUACAAAACAACCUUAACGCUAAGGCUACCUUAAGUCUAUGUUAAAGUAUUGGAGUUACGGUCACCUUAACGCUAAGACCGCUUUGUACAACGGCACCCAGGCGUUUCAGUGUUGCUGAAUCUUCAGCCAUCUUCCCAAGGCCAGACUUAACUUACUGUGCACGUCAAGUUUUCAACCUUACCAAACUUGGCUGGAAUUUCCUGAAUAUAGGAAUCUAUAUGUCACUGAAAAAAAUGUUAUCCCAAACAUAACAUGGAUGGGUCAGUCUGGUGCAGCCGGUGGUUAUUACAUGUUACUUAUAUGUCCUUCCUAAUGACCGCUGACAUGAAACAAUUUGUAGAAGAUCCGACAUCACUCCAUUAAUUGCACAUAUGUUCUGCCGAAACCUGCAAGCCAGUUAAGUCGCCAUUUUGUUUUUGAACUGUAUGUUGAUUUCAUUUAGUGAUUUUGAUCAGAUUAUGCAACAUGUUCUUAGUCCAUGAUACCAACUCCAUAAUAUCAGUGUAGUUCCAUAAAGGUGGAAACUGGAUCUUUACCCUCAUUUACCUCCCUUGCCUUGGGAUGACGUCUAAGCUGAUUGGUACAACAUCGUUUCAGCAACAGCAGAGUCCGUGAAGGAAAAGAAAUCAGUAAUAUAUUCCAAGUACUGAUGGAGAACAGGUGUGUCAGACAGGCAUUGAACAGUAUUUUUGAUCAUAUUUUGUUAUCAGUAUAUAUAUAUAUAUCAAUCAUGUCACCACAAAUUUCAUGCUCUAAAAUCUAAAUCUAGAAAUAAAUUUUAUAUAUUGUAGAAA